CAUUCGCAAGGCGAGCUUUUUAUGAAAGCUGAGGAGCAUCGUCAUAUGCCACGAAGCGGCACUGAGGGCGUAGCUCCGGCGGCACAGAAAGAAGAAAACGAUAAGGAUGGAAUGCACCAACGUAGAGGUAAAUAUGAAGAAGUGGAUAUGCUAGAUGGUAGUGAGGAGGACAAGGAGGGCAAUGGGCAUGGUGACGUCGAAAAUAUCCGCCAAAAGUUCGGGGAAGCAUUAAACAACUAUAAACAUCAAGGAUCAAUCACAUUUCACGACACCUACUCUGAUGCCCCAAACCCCGGUCUACAAGUGGCAGACUUGGGCCUGCUGGGCCUGCCCUUGAACUCUCGGGAAGCUGAAGUGUUGAAAUCACGCUGCAAACCCGCGUCGUUCGGAAUUGGGGAGAGAAUAGAUGCGAAUCACGAUGUACCGCAUACAUGGGAGCUCGACGCGACCAUGGUGGUCUUUCAAAAUCCCAGUUGGACUUCCUUUAUGGAAAAGGUUGUCAAAGAGGUCUGCAAGGCACUCGGUGUGGAUGUCAAUGCAAGCGAACCGCGAUGCGAACUCUACAAGCUGCUUCUGUGUGAGACGGGCUCACAAAUUCUUCCGCACGUCGAACCUGAGAAAUCCCACAACACUUUCGCAACCGUCGUCGUCGUCCUCCCCUCUCCAUUCGCAGGCGGCGCUACACAGCUCUCGCAUGACCGCAUCUCGACAGUAUACGACUGCGACACGACAAGCCGCUUCAACACAAGCGUUCUGGCGUGGUACACUGGUGUCAGGCUCUCCCCCACGCCCAUCAUUUCAGGCUUCCGCCUCGCGCUCUCGUAUAACCUCGUGCAUACGAAGCAGACCCCGUGCCCCUCGCUCUCGGCGAGCACAUGGGCUGUGAGUGAGCUGCACAAGCUCUGCCGGCUGUGGAAUGCAGACGAGGGUGCGUAUACACCCGAAAAGCUUGUAUAUCUUCUCGAAAACAGCUAUACGGAUGUGAACAUGCAUGAGGAUGGGCUCACCGACACGGAUGCACGCUGCGUCGCGCUCCUCAAUGACAGGGACGACGAUGAAUACGAGUACGACUCGGAUGAACGCUACUACAAGCCAUGGCGCUACCCCGAUUCGCGCAGGCGAAACAAGAGCCCAGUCAGCGUCGACCAUGAUUGGACCGAGAUUCAUAAGCGCGAAGUGACGCUCGAACGAUUUGUCGACCUUAAGGGGACACUCAUCGCGGAAGCACUUUAUCAUGAUGACGCUGAGACGUUCCCGAAGGACCUUACGGAAGACGUGGAGGAAGUUGAAGGCUACGAUGAGGAGGAAUGUACCCUCACACGACAUUACCGUCGUUCCGUGCUCGUUAUCUGGCCACGUUGGAGCACCUUCUCAUUGCUCUACAGCGGCGAGAACGGGCUGCUCCGCGCAUGCACGGAUCUCGAAGCCAUUCAGACCCGUACACCAAGCGACGACGAGCGCAGCCUCGCUCUCGACGUUCUUUUCUCUCCUCAACUCCCACGCCAGGCAGCACGCGUCGCGCAGGCCGUAGCCGACGUCGCGUGUCUCUGGGGUGACAUGGCGCUUUGGGUGCGCGCCGUGGAGCGGUGCUGCCCUCAUGCCGGGCUCGCGACGCUCGCAGAUGACAAGAAGUUUGCGGCUCUGGAACGCUUCGGGUGGCAGGCCGUAUGUCCGAGCUUCGAAAUGAUGCUGCACUACGAAAAGCGCAACGCUCCUCGAAUCGAGUUCCUGCAUCGCUUCCCUCCGCGGAUCAUUUUGCAGCACAUCGAUCUACUUCAAGACAUAGAGCUAUGGAAGGCAAAACGCAUUCGGCGCUCGCUGGAAAGCUUGAGGAAACCCGAGAAAGCCGAGUGCUGGAUACUGCUUGCCACUGUGCACCAGUAUUACGGACUCACGUUCCUAAGUGAAGUCAUGCUCCCACAGUUGCUUGCGCUUGGCGACAAGGAUUUCCUGGAGGACUUCGCACGGCAGAUCUUUGAGAGCCAGCUGUUCAUGCCCGAGGCAGACAAGCGCGCGGUCGUAAAGAAACUCGUUCAGGCAGCUGUCUCGCAAGCAGUAUUGUACCACUCAGGAGGCCCGAAUGACCAAAUCGCGGCAUCCAAGGAGUGCAUCCAGAUGUGUAUCGACUUAGACUGCGUCGAUCUCGCUUCCAUUGUCCUGGACCGCGUUAUUAAACUCUCCAAACCUCCCGCGAGUGACGCACAAGAGUAUUCUCGGACCGUCAUGCGGCCGUUGCUGAUAUGGUGCGUCGAGUUACAACAAAAAAAGCCGGAAGAUUCUCCACGCGCGAGCCUCGAGACACUCCAACACAUGGCUGUCAAGCUGUAUCUGGACUGGCUCUCGGCAUCCCCCGCGGGAUUCACUAGAGCACACGUAGCGACUCUUAUCCGGAUGACCGUGGUAAAUGGGGAUCUUACGCGGUUCGUGGAAAUUGUUGUUCCUCAACUUAAGAACAUAGCAUUUCCUUCAGAAGGCUCCAGAGCUGUCGCUGAGGAGCUGCAGGCACAGCGUGUCCAAUUUACACUCCCCGAAGGACACCAGAGCGAGACGCUCGACGCCGUCAUAGCGCAUUUUAGUGCAGCAUAUAUCGCGUCCUUCCCUCUGGAACACCACACCGAUAUCAUUCGCGCGCUUGAUUGGUGCCUCGCGAUGGACGCGUCCGCACUGUGCGCCGCGCUCGUCCAGCGUCUCACAAGCAACGUAUGCGUCGGACACAACGUCGUCGUUUCGGGCGUGCUCCUCCCUUUGCUGCCGUCGCUGCGCGCUUGGGGAGUGGCUCACGACAUGCUCGAUGCGUUGGCGCCAGUCUUCGCCCGCACGCUCGCUGUAUGGACCGACCGCGUGCUGGCGCCUCUCGCCCCCGCGAACCCCCUGGUCACUUCUAUUCAACUUACGGGCCUCACCUACUGGAUGUGCGCCUGCAACCCGUGCGCGCAGGUGCGCACGGCGCUGACACAAAGCACAGAACGUGCGAUACGGCUCGAGGGCAUCGGCGGCGCCGCGCGAAAGCAUGUCGAGGGCAGACUCGCUGCGUUCGCGCCUGCGCUAGUGACCUGGAGUCUCGUUCGCGGUCAGCUGGAGGGUCUUGAAAUAUGCAAAAAGGAUGAGCUGCACCGUUUCGUGUGCUGGCGGAACGAGCAGACGCAUGGGCUGGGAAUCUUGAGGAACAUGGGCUCAGACGACGCGGAGCUGCGCAAGUUGCUUGGCGAGCAGUACAGCCACAUCUUCGCUGCCCUGAAGAGUGCGCCCGCUCAUCCCGCCGGUCAGGCAGCCAUCAACUCGGCUACUGGGAAUCCUCGACCUCAGCCGCAUCACGCAGAGGCUCAGGUCUCAAAUGCUGUUACCAGAUCGGCAGCUGAGGCUGAUCAGCGUCCGGCGAAACGGAGGAAGACGGCUGCAAAUGAUAUCGUUGAUUCGACAUAGGUACUAGUUGAUGUGGCGCAGUAGUGCUCUGCUUGUAUUUAAUUAAGACUGCCUCGAAACAGAAGCGAAUAAAGUCUUGUAGGUCGUU